AUAUUUUGUUGACAUUUGUUUGUGAAAGACAAAAAGCAUUCGGCACUCGUAUCGGGUCGCUUAUAUUUGUUGGGAAUCAACUAACGGGAGGACGGGAGAGCGAAAAUAGUUAUUAAAACACGCAUGAGGGUUUUAAAAGAGCUCAUACAAAGACUAGUCUCAAAGCAAGCCUGAAAGAAGAUCGGGAUCAGAGCAAGUCGGGAACAAAACAAACCGUGUCACCCUGACUACACACAGGCUGAAUCAUUUACAAGCUAACCGGCUCCCACUUGUAAUCUUUUCUAAACGUAACUAACAUUGAGUAGUAAGCUAAUACUGGCAACGCGCACUGAAUUCCUAACUCGGACGCAGUAUUUUACGCAUUUACGUGGUGAUUUAGGGUUAUACAAGCGCGUCGGUCAGACUAGCUAGUUAGCAAUGUAAUGUUAGCUUUUCCUACCCUUAUUUUCUUGAGCUGCUUAUUAGAUACAAAAUGUAGCCUGGGUUCCCAGUCUUUGCUCGUUUCGUAAAGUGUUUGCUAUAAACAGUUUGGGUUGAUUGAAAAAUGAAGCACAAUGGCUAACUUUGAAGCCUACCAACAAUAUCAGAGGAUUGAGGACUUCGAGGAAGACUCUCCUCCAGGGGAAGAAGACCUACUGGUGCAUGUCCCAGAAAGUUUGAAAGACUCAUGGCACCAUAUCAAGAACUUGGAUAACUUCUUUACAAGAAUCUAUCACUAUCAUCAAAAAAAUGGCUUCGCCUGUAUGAUGUUGUCAGAAUUCUUUGAACUCAUUCAGUUUCUGUUCGUUGUCACAUUCACUACUUUCCUUGUCAACUGUGUGGAGUAUGAUGUCCUGUUUGCCAAUCGAGCAGUGAACCACACCGGGCAAGGCCAGAACCCAUCGGAAAGAAGCAAAGUAACCCUUCCGGAUGCCAUCUUACCAAGCCAGCAGUGCAAACAGAGGAUACAAGAGAACAGCUGGAUCAUAUUCCUUCUUAUCAUGGCUGCCAUCUUCUGGAUCUACCGUCUUGUUAAAGUCUUCUGCAACGUUUUGAGCUACUGGGAGAUCAGGCAGUUCUACAUCAAAGCACUGAAGAUUAAAAUGGAUGAACUAUGCAACUUCACAUGGCAGGAAGUCCAGGAUCGGCUCAUCAGUUUGCAGAGGGAACAGCAGAUGUGCAUUCACAAGAAGGAGCUGACAGAACUUGACAUCUAUCAUCGCAUUCUGCGCUUUAAGAACUACAUGGUGGCGAUGAUAAACAAAUCGCUGCUGCCAGUGCAUCUGCAGCUCCCCCUGCUGGGCAAUGUGGUCUUCUUAACCCAAGGCCUCAAGUACAACUUUGAGCUUAUCCUUUUCUGGGGUCCCGGCUCUCUGUUUCAGAACAAAUGGAACCUGCACCCCAAGUACAAGCGCAGUGGAAAUCGCCUUGAGCUGGCCCAGAAGCUAAGCAGAGUGAUCCUGCUGAUAGGCCUGGCCAAUUUGCUGCUAUGUCCUUUCAUCCUGGUGUGGCAGGUGCUUUAUGCUUUUUUCAGUUAUACUGAAGUUAUCCGCAGAGAACCUGGAAGUUUGGGCGCACGCCGCUGGUCCCUGUUCGGCCGUUUAUACCUGCGCCACUUCAACGAGCUGAACCACGAGCUGCAUGGGCGAUUGGGUCGUGGCUACAAACCCACUUCGAAGUACAUGAACUCGUUCACAUCGCCGCUACUGACUGUGCUUGCUAAGAACGUUGCUUUUUUCUCAGGGUCGGUGCUGGCUGUUCUUAUUGCACUGACUGUUUAUGAUGAGGAUGUUCUUACAGUGCAGCACAUUCUGACUGUUAUCACAGUGCUGGGUGUGGUUAUCACUAUAACCAGGUCUUUCAUCCCGGACGAACAUAUGGUUUGGUGUCCGGAGCAGCUUCUGCAGUGCGUGCUGGCUCAUAUCCACUACAUGCCAGACCACUGGAGGGGGAACGCAAACAAAAGCGAGACCCGUGACGAGGUGGCACAGCUGUUCCAAUACAAAGCGGUUUUCAUUUUGGAGGAGCUGUUAAGCCCCAUUGUUACUCCCUUCAUCCUCAUAUUCCACCUGAGAAACAAAUCCCUAGAAAUCAUUGACUUCUUCAGGAACUUCAGUGUGGAAGUGGUUGGAGUUGGGGAUAUCUGCUCCUUUGCUCAGAUGGACAUUAGGCGGCAUGGAAAUCCAACAUGGAUGUCAGAGGGCCAGACAGAGGCAUCUCUUUAUCAUCAGGCUGAGAAUGGCAAGACAGAGUUGUCCCUCAUGCAUUUCACCAUAAAGAACCCCCGUUGGCAGCCGCCUCAGGAGAGCUCAUUGUUCAUCAGCCACUUAAAAGAGAAGGUGCAGCAUGAUGCACAGGGUGGACCUUCAACUCAGCUGCUGCUCUCAGAGGCCCCUCUGUGCACUUCGCUGCACUCCAACGAGUCUGGCACCGGGCCUGAAAAUCUUUUAGCAAGUGUCCUGGCCCACCCCAUCCUCACCGCAUCUGGACUACAAGGGAGAGACCACCGCUUCGUCCCACCAAGCUCUGCUGCUUCUGCCGCAGCCAGUGUCCUGGCCUCUUUGUCGACAUCCCAUCAUGCACAGCCAAGUCGAAGUCGCCCCCACGGCCUUCUGCCCUCCUCCGUCUACCCUGAGACCACCAUGUACCGCAGUGAUCACACUAUCAUUAACAGCAUGUCCAACAGUGACUCUCGCAUCCGGAGCAAUGCGCUGCACUCAGAGUUUGCCUCAGCAGAGAUGAGCCUCCAUGCCAUUUACAUGCAUGAGCUCCAUCAGCAUAGCUCCCACCCACAGAGGACGUCAGGACAGUGGCAGAGUUCAGUACCAAUGCGAGAUCUUCACACAAACACAGGUUUUCAUUCUCAUGGUUGUCAAAGUUCCAACAUUUCCAUGCUAGCUCCUGCCCACCUUGGUGGCUGGAAAGAAGAGGAAGAAGAGGAUGAAGAUGAUCAGGAGAUCAACAGUGGAUCUACUCCAAAAAAGGCCACGCCAAUCAGUUCAUGAAGUGCCUUUGUCAUAAGUGUUUACAUUUUUCUUUCUUUGCUGAACAUUGUGGCCUUAUAUGAUCUUCAUAGAGUUUAGCGCAGACCUUUAAAACAGCAUUCAGCGUUUGUCAUGGGACGGGGUCUGCCGAUGAAUAACCACUGUUUUUGCACCUCUACACCUCAUUGUGUCAUAUCAGGGAGUCUAUGGCAUCUGUCUUCCAUCCUUUUUAUCAUGGUUUUAUCAUUAACUUGUACAAAACUCAUUCGGAAGUGUAUAGUUUGCGUGAUAGUGGAUUUAAACGACUUAAGGCGACGUUAAAAAAAGGCUCAUCCCAACCUCUGCUUUCAUUCUUUGUGCACAGUUUUUCAAAUACGUGCGCAUCACAAACAUUUUUAGAAUGGUGUGAACUUCACCAUCUGAAAAACAUUUCAAUAUGUUUGGUGUGAACCCUUGUGACAUGUAGCAUCUAACUCAUCUUUUAAAAAGUCAUAUUUUUGAAAUACCAGAUCUAAUCACUAAAAAGCUACCAAGUAUUUAUUUGAUGAAAUGCUGACUAUGAUACCCUUUGAUAAUAGAAUAUAAGACAUCUUCAGACUUCAUAUUCAAAUGCUUUCAUGCUGCUGUCCAUGUUCAUUGGGCCUAAACAACAUUUUGCUCAGUAUUACCAGUUUAGGUGUUCUAAUAACAUUUUGUUUUUUCUAUAGAAAUGAGCAUCGAGGAUUCUUGCCAUUAAAAUCCCAAUGCAGACAGAAAAUGCCUGUUAGGUCCAUUUAGGCUGACCACUAGUCAGCUUUAUUGCUUAUUUAUGUGUUUUAAAUGAGUAUUUAAAUACCUCUUCUCUGUAUUACCUCAGUGGCAGUGAAGAUGAAUUUAAGCCGCAGUCAAUACCUCUGCAGUGGAAAUAUUUUGGCACUGCACAAAUGCAUCUCUCAGCUGCAUUUAGAUUUUAAAUGCACAUUUAAAUUGUAAGAGGUACAUUUCUUUUUUCAAUUUUUACCAAGCAGAUAAGAUGAGCUUUAAUAUUUCUUUUAAAGAUUGGGAUGUUUUGCUUUUGCAAAUCUUCGUUAGGUUAGUUUUUUUUUAAUCAAUAUUAGUCUUCCCAGAAUUGUUGCAUAUAUAUGUAAUGUUGUCAGAGGGGCUGAAUCUUAAUCUGAAAUCUUAAUGUUUUACAAUUCCUCUUAAACUUUGUUGUUUCAAAGUAAAGUCCCAAUAAAAAAAAGAUCUCUCAGUUAUUAGCUUUAAGAAUAUUUAUUACUUUUCUUUCCCCAAAUAUUUAAAUUAUGAAAUCAUACAUUUAUUAUUUAUAAAACAAAUAUUUAGACAAUUAAUUUAGAUCAUUCAUCUGGAUUUUAUUGUCCUCAUAAAACAGCAAGCCCACCUGCAUGAUGUUAAAGGCAAUGAUGAUUUUUGUAUAAAACCUCAGCAUGUGAUGUAUUGUUAUCCCCUACAGCAAGGAAAACACUGUCCCAAUCAGUUUAGGUCGCUUGUGAUAUGCACCUGCAUGUGUUUUGCAUUCAAAGUAAAUUUGAAAUUUUAUUUUUUUUCCACAUGUUGUAAUUUUUUUGUUCAAGACACACUGGACGUGAGCUGUGUACAGAAUUAAUACUGUCUCCAAUUAUUCUUUAGCCAUUUAUAUCCUAAGCAGUGCCUUAGUGUUACGGAUUAGUAUUUGCUCUUUUAGAAAGACGUCACAUCUGAACCAUCAAAUCUACUUUUAUAGACUUAGCAGCACAUACGAUGUACAGUAUUUUCUGAUCAGCAGAUCACAUGUGGAUAUAGCGUCUACUAAGUUGUGGAUGUUGCUCGUAUAAUUAGCCCGUGUGUCAGUCAGUCUUUUCUAUCUGGCAGCAUGCUGCUUCUUGUCAUGAUGUAUGGGUUUAAUAACCUACAGAGGCAGAAAUUUGUCUUUUGUUUGAUCAUUUCCUAAUGGGCAAACCUCAUACCAUUCUUUUGUAUCCACUACACACCAGUCAAAAUAUCGCAGAGACUGGAACACGGUGCUAAGUUUUCAUCCAAAGAUGGUGAAUAUUAUGUUUUCAAAUAGGUUGUUUCUUACAAAGUUUUUGGUUUUGUUUAGUUCUGUAAAUUAGGCAUUAUCUGACAAAGGAAACAUGCCAAAAUAACUUGUUUUCUGCACAGCUUUACUAUACAUGUUGUUCCCUGUUUGUGAUUAUAGACUAAUAAAUUCAAUUUUGAGUAUAUUUAAUCAUUUGAUGUGUGUGUGAUGUUGAAAUGUGUUCUUGAAAUAAAAGUUUUCAAUUUUC